AGUCUGAAAAGUCCGACAAAGAGGUCGGUCGGAGACGGUUGUUUCUUCUUUUGCCUCGCUCAACAAAUAAAAUUGACACAAAAAAUUCAAUUGAGCUAGAAAAGGAGUCUCGUUCGAGCUAGAAACUGGUGUGAACAGCUGUUGUUGCACUAGUGUUGGGUAACUUUUUGUUGUUGUUUUUUUUGUGUGUGUUUCUAUUUCAUUUUUUUUAUGUUAUUUUACCAACGAGCUACGCGUGUAGUAAAGUGGCAGCCGUAUCAACAACAACAGCAGCAGCAACAACAACAAUUGUCGCAGUGGUAAAAAAGCAAGUGUGAAAAAUACCAGCCAAAAGCUGACCAAAUUGUGGGCGAAACAAAAUAAAACAAAAAAAAAAUUUAAAAUUAAAUAAAAUUACCAGCAGAUGUACAUACAUUUAUAUGUACAAUUUUAGUUGUGGUAGUACUAAUAAUAUUACUAGUACUAAAAAUGCGAAUCUGUUUGUGAAUAUUGUGAAGUGACAAAAUAAAAAAAAAAUUAAAAAAAAACUUUUUAAACGUACACACAGUCAGCACUCAUACAAACGAAUACAAAAAGUCGUGGAUUCGUCGUCGUCGCUGCUUUGGUGUGUUUGUGUGCGCACACGUACACAUGCAUAUAUACAAGUGAGCUCCUCUAGUUGCCACCGAGCGAACGCGAAAGAAAGAGCGAGAGAGCAGUCGUUGUCUUUAGUUUCUGUGUUGCUUUUAUUUUUGCCAGAGUAUUUAUUUUUGUGUGCGUGUGUGUGUGCGAGUGUGUUUUUUUUAUAAUAAUUUUCGCAUUGUGAAAAGUUUUUUUUUUGUUCAACACACACACAUACAAGUUUGGAAAAGCGUGCGUUCGUGUGCGUGUGAGUCGUCGCGCGCGUUGGCAGCAGCAGAAUUAAACACAACAAAUAGAAAAACAACAACAGCAGCAAAAAUAAAAUCAACAACAUUUAUAGGCCCGACGAGCAGUUCGCGCCACUUUGAAGAGAACUCCUCCCCCCUCCAUGCAAAAUGUCUAGUCCUGACGAUAGAAUACCAAUACAUGAUCUGCCGCCGGAAGCAGGAAAUGAUGAGCGACAUUUGCGCAUAACGCCGAGCAGUUUAUCGCUCGACUUUAAGCCUCAUCAAGUCGACAUUGAUCAACAGAUCCUGGAGCUGAAGAAGAGUCAGGAGCUGCAGAAACAGCGUCUGUUCCACACGUAUCAGGAGCAGACGAAGCAAAUGGAACUGGAGCAUAAAAUGCAACUGGAGCACAAAUAUCAUGAAUUGCGGGAACAGAGCAUGGUUACGGCCGCCGCUGCUGUCGAGGAGCAGCAUCGCCAGCAGCAGCAGCAGCAACAACAACAACAGCAGCAGCAGCAGCAGCAGCAACAACAACAGCAGCGGGAGCGAAGGGAACGAGAAGUGAUGAAGCGCAAGGAGAAUUGCAGCGCCAAUGCGAGUCCCGAAGUCAAACAGAUUCUCAGUUGCUUUCUCAUGAGCCGCAAGUCGCAGGCGGUGGCACCAAAUGGCACAACAACAACAUCGCCCUAUCGCAAUCGCGGUGUGGUGAAGAGCUCCUCGGGUGAAUCGCUGCCAGCGGGGACGGUAACAAGUGCACAUCCUUAUAAAAUACCUCAGCCGCCUCCCUCACUGCUCAAAUAUGAAUCUGAUUUUCCGCUGCGCAAGACGGCAUCGGAGCCGAACCUGCUGAAGAUACGGCUAAAGCAGAGCGUGAUCGAGCGGAAGGCUCGCAUCGGCGGCCCAGCGGGGGCGAGACGUCACGAGCGGUUGCUCCAGGCUCAUCGUAGACAUCAAAAGAACUCUGUUCUCACAAACUGCAACAGCACGCCGGAUUCGGGACCCAAUUCGCCGCCCUCGUCCACAUCGCUGUCGGUGGGCGUGGUGGGGAGUCGCGGCUCACCGACCAGCGCUCCCAUCCAGGAGGAGAACGAGGAGGGCAGCCAAUACCAGCCGGGACAGCGCAGCAACAUCAACGAUCUGCCGCUGUUCAGUUCACCCUCGCUGCCGAACAUCUCGCUGGGUCGACCGCAUUUAACCAAUCAAUCGCAGGCGGGCCAGACCAACUAUGCCAUCUUCGCUCAACUGCGUCAGCAUGCGGCCGCCGCCGCCGCAGCCGCUGCAGCAGCGGGCGCAUCUGCAGCCGGCGGUGCACCGCCGCCGGGCGUUGGCGGCGUUGUCGGCACACCGCCCACCUACUACAGUCCAUUGUCGAUGCCCUUCGGUCGUCAGGCGGCGGCAGCGCCACCGUUGGCCAUGAUGCCCGCCACGGGAAUUGCGCCGCAACCGUCGCCGGUGGUGCGUUCGGCAUCGGCCACAUCGACAUCCUCGUCGCAGGCCUCGCUUGUGGGCGAUGUGGCACCGCCGCAAGCCCAUGCCGCCUCCACCAUACUGUCCUCGUCCUCGUCCUACAUGCAGCAGUUGAGCAGUGUGGCUGGUGUCACUGGCGCCUCGGCGGUCAAUCUGCAUGCGGCUGUGGCUGCGGCCGCAGCCGCCGCUGGCAAUUUGCCGCCCACAAACAGCCACAGUCAUAGCCACAGCCACGCCCACGCCGCCACACUCUACGGGCAUCAGCAGCAGCACAACGCACACACGCACGGACAUCCCCAUGGUGGUCAUGUGCCCAUCACGGACGCACAGGUGGCCCAGGUGCAUCUGCACAAGCAGGGACACCGUCCGCUGGGACGCACACAGUCCGCCCCGUUGCCCCUGGGGCAUCCGAUGCUGACGGGCGCGGGGCAACUGAAUGUGGCGCAGACGCACUACGAGAACAGCGAGGCGGAACGUCAGGCGUAUGAGCAUCAGGUGCUCACCCAGAAACUGCGGCAAACGGUGCUGACGCGCAGCGGAGCCGCCGCCGCAGCCGUUGCCAGUCGUGAGCCGCAGCUGCGCGAGGAGGAGGACGACACGGCUGCCGAGGUGAUGGAUCUCACCGACAAGAAGAAACCGCCCAAAACGGUGCUCACGAGCACCAUUGCCACCAGCACCUCACAGAAUCUGCCCGACGCCUUGGCCGCUGCGGUCGCCGCUGCUGACUCGUAUCGAGUGGGCGUCGGCGGCAAGUCGAGCAAGCAACGGGAUCAGGAGUAUCUGCAGCAGCAGCGCGAGCUGCUCUAUCUGCAGGAGGCCAAGGGACUGUUGCGUCCGCUGUCGCGCACCCUGAGCAGUCCGCUGGUGCCGCUGGGACCGCACGGUCUCAGCCAGAUACCGGACACCGGUCAGCAGCCGACACCGAUAGCGACGUCAUCGUCGGCCGAUCACAUACCGCCCGUGAAUCUAACGUUGCCGCACAAGCGUCAUCUGCUGGGCAGCGCCUAUGCCGCCCAGCUGCGCCAGCAGCAACAGCAGCUGGUCGUGGAGAGCGCCUCGCCGCACAAGCGCAUCACCACGGGUCUCGCCUACGAUCCGCUGAUGCUGAAGCACACCUGCAGCUGUGGCGACAAUGCCCCGCAUCCCGAGCACAGCGGCCGCCUGCAGAGCGUCUGGGCGCGUCUCAACGAAACGGAUCUGGUGAAGCGUUGCGAUCGCUUGCGAGCACGCAAGGCCACGCAGGAGGAGCUGCAGACGGUGCACACGGAGGCGCAUGCGAUGCUCUUUGGCUCCAAUCAGGGUCAGCUGAGUCGUCCCAAACUCGAGUCAGCGUUGUCCGCGAGCUUUGUGCGCUUGUCGUGCGGCGGCGUUGGCGUCGAUCUGGAUACCACCUGGAAUGAGAUGCACACGGCGACAGCGGCUCGCAUGGCCGCCGGGUGUGUCAUCGAUUUGGCCUUCAAGACGGCCAAGGGUGAUUUGCGCAACGGUUUCGCCGUCGUCCGUCCGCCUGGCCAUCAUGCCGAGGCCAAUCUAGCCAUGGGCUUCUGUUUCUUCAACUCGAUCGCCAUUGCGGCGAAACUGUUGCGUCAACGCGUGCCCGAAAUGAAGCGCAUCCUCAUCGUUGACUGGGAUGUGCAUCAUGGCAAUGGCACACAGCAAGCAUUCUACCAAAGUCCCGACAUUCUAUAUCUUUCCAUACAUCGACACGAUGACGGCAACUUCUUUCCCGGCACCGGUGGCCCCACAGAGUGCGGCGCCGGUGCUGGUGUCGGCUACAACGUGAACAUCUCAUGGUCCGGCGCACUGAAUCCACCGCUGGGCGAUGCCGAAUAUAUCGCUGCAUUCCGUACUGUUGUGAUGCCCAUUGCCAAGUUCUUCAAUCCGGACAUUGUGCUUGUCUCGUCCGGUUUCGAUGCGGCCACCGGACACCCCGCCCCGUUGGGCGGUUAUCAUGUCUCGCCUGCGUGCUUCGGCCUGAUGACGCGUGAACUGCUUCAGCUGGCCAAUGGCAAGGUGGUGCUUGCCCUCGAGGGUGGCUAUGAUUUGGCGGCCAUCUGUGAUUCGGCGCAGGAGUGUGUGCGCGCUCUGCUCGGCGAUCCUGUCUCGCCGAUAGCUCAAAGCGAACUCGAGCGUCCGCCGUGUCAGAAUGCCAUCAAUACGCUACAGAAAACCAUUGCCAUACAGCAAACACAUUGGCCCUGCGUUCGAUUGCUGGAGCAUACGGUCUGUUUGUCGGCGCUGGAGGCACUCAAGAUUGAGCACGAUGAAUCUGAAACGGUCAAUGCCAUGGCCGGCCUCUCCAUGCAAUCGCUACACAGAACACUUUCGCGAGAUGAUUCCGAGGAGCCAAUGGAUCAGGAUGAAACCAAAUAGUGGAUAUGGAUGUCGAUGUGGAUGUAGAUGUGAAGAAUGCCGAUGACGAUGAUGAUGAGGAUGAUGCCGAUGCCUGCUCAACGCACUCUAGUUAUUGUUGUAGUUUAAUUGUUGUUGUUUAUUGUUGUUGAUGUCAUUUUGUUGUCGUCGCCAACGACGUCGUCGUCGCAGUCGCUGUCACCGUCGCCGUCUGUGUCAUCAAUCAUGAACCGCGGACGCGCGCUCGUCAGUUCCUCGUCGGUCACGCUCUCACUCACUCUUUUAGCUAGCUGUCUGUAUUGUAAACUCACCAUACACACACCACACACCACACCACGCGCACAACAACACACUCCAAACCCACACACCAGACACACAAAAAACA